UCCCCACCAUGACGUCCCUCAGGCUGGUCGCUCUCUGCGGCUCGUUGCCGCCGCUGCUGUUGCUGCUGCUCUGUACCGUGGCCGCCACGGCAGCUCAAGCACCAGAUGACGUGGAGGAGGACCGCGCGCUGGGGCAGAACGCGUCGCUGUCUUCGUUCCCGUGGCAGGCGACCGUCGAGUUCAGCGGCUCGCCGCGCUGCAGCGGCUCCAUCCUGACUCCGACCAUGGUGCUCACCGCCGCUCACUGCACCAUCGACGGGAUCGCGCAGUACAUCACGGUGCGCGUGGGGACGUCGACCCUCAACAGCGGCGGCGACGUGUACCAGGCGGACGCCAUCUACAUCCACCAGAACUACAAGAUGUUCAGCGAGGACUACGACGUGUCGCUGCUGCCGCUGACGAGCGAGAUCGCACUGGAGGAGGGCCGCGUCGAGGUGAUCCCGCUGCCCGGCAACGAGACGCUGCCGCCGGCGCUGGGGGCCGUCCUCAACGUGACCGGCUGGAGCACCGAGAACGGCACCUCUGCCGACACCCUGCAGUUGUCUCAGAUGGAGGUGGUGAACAACACGGAGUGCGUGGACGGGCAGGGCGGCAACCUGACGGAGCGCAUGCUGUGCGUGGCGCCCCUCGAGGGCAGCAUCUGCAAGGGCGACGACGGCGGCCCGGCAGUCAUCGACGGCGUGCAGUUCGGCAUCGUCUCGGUGGCGCCCUACUCGUGCGACACCAACACCGUGCUGGUCAACCUGGCCGAGUACUACGUGCGAGACUGGAUCCGGUACUUCUCCGGAGUGUGACGACAGGCUUGACUCUCCGUCACUGGCGCACCUGGGAUAACUGGCGCCUGGGUCAGGCCCAACCUUUCAGGCCUGCUGACAUCCCCUCUCCUUAGGCCUACGCCUAUACGCCCUUAUUGGUGUUGUAUAUUUGAAUGGGUAAAUAAAACAAAA